CAUCGUUGGUCCGCCAUGUUGCACUUUUUGUGGAUGUCGUGGGUGCAUCGUGAUGUCCUUUUUUGUGACGCGUAAAAACUGCACCACGUUUUGCAGAUUGGUGCUGUCUGAACGCUGCGAAAGUUCAAGAAGAUAUUAUGGAUCAUUUGUGUGAGACCUUAGCCUCGGGACGUGUAUAUAUCGGUCGAUGAGGUGGUGUUAUGCGUCGUAGGCGUUUGCGAUUCUGAUGGGACAGACCCAUGAAUCGGACUAAACGGCCUGUGCCCUUCCUGAUCUGAGGACGAGUGUGUAAAAUAUCUUAGAUGUUAUUUUAGUGCAGAGUGUUAAGUAUUUAGGUGUUUUACGAAGACUUUACUGGUGCUUUUGUGAGCCACUGAUCGUGGUAACAAGAAUGGAUUUCCCUUGGACGAAGAUGAAUCUGAUUCACCAGCAUUACUCAUUAGUAAUGCUUCUCAUGUAUUUAAAUCUAGCGCUGGGCCACGGCCAGGAGGUGGUGCACGUGCCCAGCACGCGAUGGUGCCACUUCUACAACGAGACGGUGUGUCCGGACGGCGCCGACUCGUGCGACCGAAAGGACGACUGCCGCGACCCGCAGCAGCCGGGACGGCGCAACAUGUGCUUCGUGCUGUGGCGCAACAGCAGCGCCGACGCCAUCGAGGUGGUGCUGAAGGGGUGCAUCAUUGACAUGACCGAGUGCUACAACCAGUCCGAGUGCGUGGCCGUCAAGCCGGCCAACCGGGGCGCCUACUUCUGCUGCUGCGAGGGCGACAACUGCAACCGCGAGUUCAGCUGGAACGUGCGUCCCGUCACCACCACGCCCACGCCCGUCACAGAGCGCACGAGCCGUCCCUCUGAGAAGACGCUGAUAGCGCUGGUGACGCUGGCGCCCAUCGUGCUAGUCACCGUCUGCGUGCUGGUCGGCUUCUUCGUGUACCGGCGCCGCAAGCCGAGCUACUUUAACGAGAUUCCGUCGCUGGACUCUGGUCUGGCGUGUCCGCCGUCGCCGCUGCCAGUGGCGCGGCCCGUCCAGCUGCUAGAGAUCGUCACCCGCGGCCGCUUCGUGGCCAUCUGGCGCGGCCGGCUGCGCGCCGAGCCGGUGGCCGUGAAAAUAUUCCCCGGCCACGAGCGGCGCAGCUGGCAGGCCGAGCGCGAGGUGCUCCAGCUGCCGCAGAUGAACCACGAGAACCUGGUCCGGUUUAUCGACGUGGAGAAGCACACAGACCUGGCCCAGGUGGAGUACUGGAUCCUGUCCGAGUACUGCGAGCACGGCUCCCUCUGCGACUACCUCAAGGGCCACCUGGUCAGCUGGCCGGAGGCGCUGCGCAUUGCCGAGGGCGUGGCGCGCGGCCUGGCGCACCUGCACGAGGAGGCGCCGCUGUCGCGCGCCGCUGGCGCCGCCAAGCCGGCCGUGGCGCACCGCGACUUCAAGAGCAAAAACGUGCUGCUGCGUGCCGACCUGACGCCGUGCGUGGCCGACUUCGGGCUGGCGCUCAUCUUUUACCCGCACCGGCCCAUCGGCGACGUCCACCCGCAGGUGGGCACGCGCCGCUACAUGGCGCCCGAAGUGCUGGAGGGCUCCAUCUGCUUCCACCGGGACGCCUUCCUGCGUAUCGACAUGUACGCGCUGGGCCUGGUGCUGUGGGAGCUGGCGUCGCGCUGCUCGGCGGCGCCCGGGCCCGUGGCCGACUACCGGCUGCCGUUUGAGGAGGAGGUCGGCCCGCACCCCAGUCUGGACGACAUGCAGCACCAGGUGGCCAGCCGGCGCGUCCGGCCGCGUCUGCAGCCCCACUGGCGCCUGCACCAGGGUCUGGAGGUGCUCUGUGAGACGGCCGAGGACUGCUGGGACAAUGACGCCGAGGCGCGCGUCUCGGCCAGCUGCGUGCUGGAGCGGAUGGGCGCGCUGCGCCAUCAGCAGGCGGCCGGCGCGCCGGCGCUCCGCUCGCCCUCGGUGCCGACCGUGGCGGCCGGCGCCGGCAGCCUGGCCGAGCCGCUGCUGCCGCCGCCGCCGGCCGGGCCGCCGCACCAGCUGUCCGAGCCGCUGCUGCCGCCCGCCGCCGCCCCCUCCGCAUCCGGGCCGCUCUAGAAGGCGGACGGCGAGCGCCGAGCCGCGUGGAGCCGGCGCAGAGGGAGACGGGCGGCCGGCGCCGCGUGUGCCACAGAUCGCCGUACCUGCGCGCUGUACCUGUCCGUAGCGGCCGCGCCGCGCCGCCGCGCCGCGUGUCGCCGAGGACGGUGCCGCGCCGUACCUGUCCGCCCGCCGCCCGGGACGGUGCCGACGGACAGCCGCGCCGCACCGGGCGGGCGCCGCUCGGUCCGCGGCCCACAGCAGUCACUGAGAGAGAGUCAGCGAGUGAGUCAGUGAGUCAGUCAGGGAGCGAGUGAGAGCGGUGUGGUGCAGUGGUCGGGAGCGCACGCGCGCGCGCCUGAGUGCGAUCUGGGUGUGGGGGUGAGCGGCGCCGUGCCGCGCGCGUCCGCUCCGCUGGGUGUCGACCGGCGGCGAUAGUCGUGUUGGUGUUUUCUGGCGUUUAUUUGACGCGCUGCUGCCGCUGCGCCGCUGCCGCCGCCUCCGUGUGCGAGGGAGGGGCCGUGUCCGACCGACCGACCGACUGACUGACGGGUAUGCUGGGCCGCUCGGCCGGCCGUGAGUACCUCAGCGCGCGCGCGGCCGCCGGGGCGCGCAGCCUCAGUUGCUCAAUACUGUCCGCUCCUGAGUGGCGGCCGCCGCGCCGCCGCCCGCUGGUCGCCGGGUAAGCCGCCGGUCCGGGCGCCGCGCCGCGCCGCCGGCGCCCGCCGGUAUCGGUUUACUGUUGGUACAAUCGUUAUGUUCCUAGCCGGGUUCGGCGGCCGGCCCCUCUGCCGGCCGCUCCCCAUAUUCCACCCUCUGAUGCCACCUGCCAGCCUAGUGGACGCGACGCCAGCGUUUAGUUCGUCUCAUUCUGUCCCAGUCUGUUACCAUGUAGUACAAAUCGUAUUGUACAUAUAGAGGUAGUGGCAGCGGGCGCGGACGGUUUUAUUAUAUAUAUACGGCGCGUGCUGUACGGCGCGCCUGGCGUAGAAGCGGGGCGGCCGCGCCGGCCGGCCGGCGGCCACGGCUCCGAGCGCGAGCGGCCGCCGGCGCCGGCGCCGCCCCGGCCUAGGUAUCCCGUCUCUGCUAACAAGGUGUAACCGUUUACCAGCUAAUAUCGUGCGGAAUAAACACACAGCUGCUGGAGACCGCUCUGUCUGUCUGUCU